UCUGAACAUUGUUAGAUCACGAUCCAUGAUGAACGCUGUGGUGGUGUUAGCUGUUCUCUUCCUGGGACCUGUUUUGGGCAGUGAAAUCCAUUUGAAGACCGUUCUUGCCGUUACUCGCUGCCGGGCGGCCUGCCUCGACAAGUUCAUUCACUUACGUACUGAAGAAAACUGUCAUAAAGAACCAGACUGCUUCAUGUGCUGGGAAACAUGUAAAAUGCUGAAUGAAAAUUUCAAGAUUUGGGGACCAAUGUGUUCUGUUCCUGAUAUCUGCUUUCCUGGAUGUCAAUCGGCAUGUAAUUCUAUCACACAGAAUAAUGACACACAUAAUAAUAUUUCAAUGCCUAUGGAAUUGAAAUCUGUAUGUGAACCACAAACAGACCGAGUUACUUUGCAAUGGAUGACUGAAGAACUGGAGAGCAACGGAACUAUCCUUUACGUGUCACUCUUACGAAAUUCAAACGAAGAAUGGCAUCAAGUUGCGCUAACUACAUCCCCCAUUGUGCACAUGAAAAGAAACAUGUUGGAAAAAGAGACCAGGAUUCGUUUACUUGCAGCGAAUGCUACACAUCAACUAUGCGAUACUGAGACAACAUUCUUGAACAGUGUGAUUGUAACUCCAGAUAUCAAGACUCCAGUGGCUUUGGAAAGAACAUCAUGGAAACUUCAUCUUGAAUCUAUGGAGCAAAGCGACACAUCGGCAGGUAUCUUAGCCAGAAUCACUUGGCCAAGAGUAAUGAAUGAUAACGGAGACAUUCCGUAUGAAGUUUCUUGGAACGUUAUUGACGAUUCAAUGGAAAUAACUGGGCAUCUGUACACAGUAAAUAGUGAAGCUGUUCUGACACUGUGGCCAGAGUCUCUGUACUCCAUCCAGGUAAGCACUCGUUCCGAGGACCAUCUUUCUAUUCAUAGUGAGCCUUUAUUAAUAAACACCAACGUUGCAUAUCGAACAACUGGAUCUACAACUCGAGAAGGAUGUAAAAUAGAACCAAAGAAUCCUUUUAACAUUUUCACAUGUGCAUUCCUCCUUGUUAUACCAGUAUUAGUCGUUACUUGUGCAAUGGUUCUUUUCAUGAAAAGAAGAGAGAGUUAUAUCCAUGCAAAUUACAAAGGACACAUAGAGACAUUAAGUGGUAUAGUAAGAGCACUUAGUCAGAAAAUAGACGUGGCUCAUAAAGGAAACUACUUUGUUGAUUCAGAAAAGUUAUUACAACAUACCAAGAGUCUAGAGAAAAUCAAUGCCGCUGAUUUUUCCCAUUCAAGUUGGAAAUCAACAGGAAUAUAUCCCAGUGUUUGAUACUAUUAUUCCAAGCCCUGUAUAUAAGAAUGUACAGAUCAUGUAGCCACAUGAUGAACUUUGUGAAAACUUCAUCUUCAUUCGCAGAAAAACUGAUGAGCUCAAAUAUUCUUGUGAUUUUACUUGAGUGAGCUCGAGUAAAGUGAAUGGUCAUUUUUUUCCCUUAUUAGCUGAAAAGCACAUUACUCAUUAUGUACAUAAUUAACUUAUUUUUGUACAUUGGAAAAAUAUAUAUAUAUGUAUACGAUAUAAUAAAUGAAAAUAUUUGAACUAA